GUGAAACCGCGUUUAUUACAAACUUUGAUAUGAAACGCUACGUAUGCAUUCAAUGAGCCACCAGUAGAGCUGCUCUCUAUUCUGGCCGAGGCAAAGCGGGUAUUUAUUAAUAGAGAUUAAACUUCGCGUCGUGUCGUGCCGUGUGCAAACGCUCUCCCGCGCAGGACACAUGCUGUUAGAGCAGUCUGACUCAGACUGCGGUCCAGAAACUGAUUCCGCCAAAAUAAACGUGGAAAAAUCGUGUUAACUACCGAUCAACUUGUGCCUGUAAUCACCAAACGGAUUAAGUUAUCUACCUGGAGUGUUAUUAGAAGACAAGUGUUAUCAUACAAAUACGUAUUCGCGAGUUUCCUUGCGAUUGCAUUUGGUGUUCCGCGAGUGAAUGAACCAUUUCGAAAGUAAUGAGUUCGUGAACCAUCAAGCGAACAUCCGGUGCACUGAUGACAUUUUCGUAAAUUCUGUGUUUGUUCAGAUUUUUGUUAGAAAUUGCAUAGGUUUUCCUUCUUUCGAUCGACGAACACUAUUAUAUGCUUUGUGUGUCGACUUAGGUGAUAUGUCACAUUUUUAACACAAUAUCUGGUUAGAAAUAUAGUUCUAGAUUUAUAGAGUAUUGGUCUUAAUUCGUAAAAAACAUUUACGUAUUCCUUGUUGCAAGCUUCUGUGGUAUAAUGAGUCGUGUUUAUUACUUAGCGCGAUGAACCACAUUGUGCGUCGUUUACUAUGACACUAAUCAUUCGGCAUUAUCGAUACUCAGUAGACUAUCGAUAGGUAAACAAGUUCCGUAUUUACGUUCGUCGAAUGUAUGUACUAUAUACGUACGCGCAGUUUCUAGUACAAUAGAAUUUACUAAUAUUUCAUUGUAUACUUCGAUAGUACACAUUUUUUUAAUAUUAAAACUCAGCAUUAAAAUAUAAUUGCUUUUAAUAAUUAAUUAAUUAGUUGAUACUCAAAUCAGUAUUAACUUAACCUUUCUGGUAUUGCGCUGUCGAUAACACAUUGUAAUUUAAUUCAUUAGUACAAAAAACUGUUACUUAAUGAUAUUUUUUUUUUAUAUAGCAGAUACUCUACUAACCCACAGACACUGUUAAUGUAAUUAUCGAUGUUGUGACUCAACGUUCCGAUAGUUUUUUUAUCUUUAGCUCGUAUUUCAAAGAAUUAAUCGGUUUGACGAACCCUCGUUAUCUCAAAUGUUCGAUUAACUCGGAACAAUUGCUUCCCCACUUGUUGUAAUUUAGGCAGUUUAACGCGUGUGCUGACGUAAUGACUAUUAUUACUUAUUGCCGGGUAGAACAUUAGACCAAUGCCAAAAGCGUGUUUAUAACUAUUUCCUUUUCGCUAUACUUUUCUUGUCGGUAAAAACGAAAACGUGGGUUCAUCUAUGAUAACGUGCAAAACAAAAUGGUGUGUUUUAAACAAAGGUACGUUUGAAAGGUGUCAUCGGUUGGAGUACAGAAGAGUAAUCGACGCUGUUUCGUUCGUCAAAGUGUAAACGUCUUUCAUGUAGGAAAAAAUGUUGAAAGACUAAAAUGUCGCGUCUGUGAUAGACGUUUGAAGUGGUAAAUGCACGGUGAACUGGAAUAAUGAAUAGUGAACAUAGUAAAAGAACGGACAAGCGGAGGUACAGUGGUCUCGCAUUUGGAUAAUUAAUAAAACAUUGGAUAAUUUCUUAUACAUAUGCUACUAUAGUACUGUGCUGUUAUAUGCUGUUACGUUUGUGAAUCUUAAAGCGUUACUAUUAUGCUGUAACGUGAUAGAUUAAAAACAAUACUGUACAUUGACAAAUGAUGAUAGUGCUUUUGCUGUGCGUCAUCAUGAAAAUAGCUGAAUUCUCUGUGGGUCGUAUGAGCCCACCAUUUCAAGCCCCUGCACGACCGCCACAUCUUUAUGGUAAAUGCAAGAGGCCGGAACGAAAGUAUUACCGACGACCCAAUGAGAAGUGCAAUUGUUUACUGUUUAAUCGUGCAGACAAAGGGGCUGCAGUGAUGGAAGAUCCACAAACACCAGGAUCUGAUUGCAAUUCCAAUCCUGCAACAGAUUCUAUCCAACAUGAUUUGAUUAGUUCUGAAUUUGUGCAGGACAAUGUGGAAUAUCAAUGGUUCAUUGAUUAUGGCUACAGAGAUGGAGGACUUCAUGUUCAUCCAAGCGUAUUGUCCUCCCUCUCUGCUUCAUAUACUCGUGAAGAUUUGGGCUAUUAUGAUGAUCUUGCCCGUAACCUGGAUGCUAAUUUGGCAGAAAUUGAUAUGGAGAGCUUUCGUACAGCAGACAUUCAUACUUUGCUUACUGCAUUGCCUGUCAUGUGUACAGAUCCAGUUCAGCAUUCAGAGUUUAACUAUCAAAGGGAACGAUAUGCCAGUAUAUCUGGAUCUGUCAUGGAAAAACUUGACAUCGGUUCAUCUAUCAGCCCUCAUACCAGCAGCCAGGGAGAAGAUUCAGCCUGUUCAACAACAGAUACAAUUUCUAUAUGCAAAUCAUCAUUGCUUUUUUCCCCUCUGAAAGAGACACCCGUACUACCACCGGGAGGUAGUUACAGUGUUGACUCUCUGGACUGCGAGGACAUGCUGCUCACGUGUCAAACAAACAAUAAAGACAAUUAUACUAUUGCUUUUGAGGGUAGUAUCACCAUGUAUUCAGAUGGUUCUCAAGAUUUUGAAAAUCAAGAAAAGCAAAAGACUUAUGAAACAGGAGAACCAUAUUAUAAUCGGAAUACCGAUCUGAAAAAUGUGUUGGACGUAUCAAUGGCAUGUUCUGAUUCUAAAAUAUAUACAACAUGGAGCAAUUUGAAACAUUCUUCUAUGAACAAAAUCAUGACUCGUCAUCCUUCAGGCAAUAAUAAUACAAUUCCAGAAUUUUUGCACGGCGUUGAAAAUAUAAUAUCUGGAACAACUAAAAGGAGUCAGAGUCUGCCUGAUCUAACACAGGCUACGCAAUUACAACACAUUAAUAUGCCUCUCAAUUUUUCUGUUGAUUCUGCAGAAUCAAAUAAUCAUGCACAACAAUUACAUAGUUCGGGAUCUGUAAUGAGUCGGUCUAUAAACGAAGAAAGUUCAGACAAUGGGGAACAUAAUGCAGCAGGAAAGAAAUUACAGAAUUUAAGUCUCGUCAAAUUAUUUAUGAAACAAAAGAGUAUGAGCGCCGAAGGAAUGAGUCUUACAUUGGAUCAGUCAGACUCUGUUAGUGAUAAUGGAUGGCCUACGAGCAACAGUGCUAGCGAUAGUGGUACUAAUACAAAUACACAAAUACAACGGCAAGAUGUAAAGGAUACGACUAAACGUCAAGUUCCAGAAAGCGAUUUUUCUAUUAAUUGGGUUAAAGGUGAUCUUUAUAAUAAUCAAGAAUUAGAGAAUCAAAAGGAUAAUUUAAAUAACAUUCCAAAACACUCGUCAAUGAUAAGCGAGCAAAAGGAUGAGAUGUCAUCAGCGUCUGUGGAAGAAUUAUCAGAAAGUAUGUCUAAAUCGGAUUUAACGCACGAUAACGAUAAUGAUCAAAACGACUUCGAUGUUGCUUGUGAACAUCAGCAAAAAACAGCGUGGAUUAAAUCUGUGGAGAAAAAGUAUCCGAUUUGUAAAACAACUGGGAUUCAAGCAAUAGCUGAAACGGGCGAUAAUGCUGUUCAAACAUCUUUAAUAUAUACACCGCCUACGACAGAAAAAGAAAAUCCUUCUUUAAGAGAAACGAUCGUUAACAAAAAGCCGGUUUAUGUUGUAUAUCCGAAUUACGCAUUGCCCGAUUUAUCGUUUCUCAAUAUUAAAGAUUCAAAGUUGGACAACGUUGCGUUAAAACCGCAGGGCUUUGGAAAGAACAAAGUCAGUUGGAAACAUACUGGUAGAUCUGGUAGACCGUUCUCCUGCAAUGACAUAGACGCGUUACGUCAACGUGGAUUUUCACACGUUAAAGACUGGGAGUCAUUGACAUUCCUUUUGCCUACCGAGUACAAGAAAAUUUUGCACGAUGUACCAGAAGUUUCAAGGUACAUCAAUAUUAACGAAGAGGUUAAAAAGCCUCUUUUCUGUUUAUCACCUCCGAUGCGUCACAAAGCUCGACCUAUAAGUGAAAUAAUACCAAAUAAUUCAUCUUCUACUAGUAGCACCGCAACGCAGCCAUCGUCUGGAUAUCGUGGAUCGUCUACAAUAUUAACUGAUUCUUCAACAAAUCAACAAACAUUAAAUAACGCAACUAAUCCACUAUAUCUUUACCGUUAUGAUAGUAUUAGCUCCGAGGCCAGUUUAGUAGGUAACGAUAAAAAAAUACAUAGGCAAAUUAAUAAAGCAAAAACGUCCUGCCCGUCUUUACCGAAACGAUCGAUCUCGUUGCCACACGGAGAUCGUGAGUCUGAGUUUUCUAAUGGAAAAGUGCCACCAAGACCACCUUUACCCAGAAGUAUUUUAAGAAAAAGUAAGGUUCCUGCUAGUAAAAGAUACAGCAUGUUUGAAAUGGGAGAUGUAGAAGAAAUAGAAGAUCAAUCGCCUGAAGUAAAUAAAAGAAUGUCUUUGCAAGAACCGUAUUACAUGAAUAAUGAUUUACCAUUAGCGUGUCGAGGAAGAAUUGUCGACUCAGAAAAGGAUGUUGAUGAAACAGAAGAGAGAUACCAUACAGAAAGAAUAAAUGAAGUGGCUAACACAGGGGACGUAGAGACUGAAAAUUUUGAACAUAAUGAAGAUGAUGUUAGACAAUUGGAAGAAUUUUUGAAACGUAGUGGUUUUUCGUCACAAAGUAGUGACGGUGAUACAGAAAAUCCCGAUGUAAAACUAAGAUCAUACGUACGAAAAUUUUUAUCUCUCAAAAUGAAUAAAGAUAUUACCAAAGCUACUGAUAUGAUAGAAUCACAGAAAAAGACUGUCAGUUUUGCCGUGCACCAAAGAAAAAAAUGUUUAGACAAUAAGACUAAUAAUCUAAAUACCGUUACAAAUGAACAAAGUAAAGAACCUGCACUUGUAGAAGAAAGGAGGGAUACGAGUCCUGAUAGUAAAUUACUGGAUUUAGAUGAAAAAAGAAAAAUGAUAUUGUCUGCAAACAAAGCAGUAGAUCUAUUGUUGAAAUAUUGGAAUAGCGAAUCAACUCAUAGUAGAUCGAAUUACAGUGACAAAAAUGAAUGUGCUCAAAUUUGUCUUAGUAAUUUAUGUCCAGCUCUAUAUGCUAUCAUGUCAGAUGAAUUAAAACCACAUUUAAAUUCUACAUUCGGACCAAUAACAAAUAGUGUUUGGCAAGUGGUUGAAGCAUCUUCUCAGCAAGGUCCUCUUACCAAAACAUUGAAUGAAUUAGUACAAAAAAUUAAUGGAGAAGAUGUUAUUACGGAAGGAAUGUUAAAGUUUCAUGCAUUUGUAUUCGGUUUGUUAAAUUUAAGAGCUUUAGAUGCAUGGUUUGCAUACCUAUGUACCAGAGAGUCUAUCCUCAGGAAACAUUAUAAUAGUAACAGUUUAUUCGUCGCAGCUUUAGCCAAUUCAAAUGCACGAGAAGUUGUCGAUGCUCUCUUAUACAUUCUAAAUCCCCUUGCAUUUUGCCCAUUUCAGCUUGAUCUUCUAUAUCAGUAUCGUCAACUUCAUAAUAGUUUUGGUAAUUUAAAUAAUCAUAACGUAAAUGCUGUAAACUUUAGAAAUGUCGAUCGGUCUCCAAAAGAACAUCAUUUUGAUAAAACUGACACUUGUGCAAUGGUUUCUAGUCCAAGAAAAAUACGUCCAAGAUCCUGUGUCGCCUAUGGUAACUACGACGAUAAAUCUGGAGAUAUGCAUAAGCCCGAUAUGGAAAUUGUGAAGAAACGUUUGAGCAAUCCUAUAGGUUCAAAAGUAUUUCGCGCUCUCGACAAACUGGCUUCUGAAGAUUCUGAAGACUAUACCGAUAGUUUAGAACAUUCACCGCUGAAUAGAGCGUCGAACAGACAUCCUGUAUCUACGAAACCUCAUGGUCAGGAUAAAAUAGAUGACGAUGAUAACAUGCCUGGUGAAGCGAAAUUUAGGAAACUUCAAGAAAAGUGGGAAUUGAUGGUUGGAAAAGAGGAGUCAAAGAAUCAACCAGCAAUGUCAUCACCUUUGUCACCUACGCGAACACCAACGAGUUUAGGAAAAUCUAAAAUUCCUAGGCUUCUUACUUCGCCGGUAAAACAAUCGAACGCUAUAUCGGGACCUUCCAAGAACACAAAAUCUCCUGUUUCGGGAAUUCCAUCUUUAAAGAAACCUGUCAUGCUUCCGAUGACGAAAACCACGCCAAAGAAACCUGUCGAGGUAAAGAGUAAAGAUGUAACUAAACGUACUAGCAGAGUGGAUCAGGAAGUUGUAGGGACAACACGAAUUCAUUUAACACGACCUAGUUCUUUACCUUACAAAUCUUACGGGGUUAUGUCUAAAGAGAAAAAUUUAGUAUCUCCACAAAGACGGGCAGCAUCUACAUCUUUACCACGACCAACCACCGCUACUACCACUACAAGAAAUACUACAAAAAAACGGCUUAAAGAGGUUCGUACACUUACACAUAGAAUGCGAUCUGAAAAUGGGCAUCUUGCAUUUGGAGAAGGUGAGAAACUGAAGGUACUUUUAGAAGUAAAUAGUAAAUGGUUGUUAUGUGCAAGAGGUGAUGCAAAAGGUUUGGUUCCGCGGAUGUGUGUGCACUAUAUUCAAACUUAGCCGAACGUUUCACAUCAGUAAAUGAAAAAGAAUAAUUUAAAACAAGUGGAACAAAGUUAUAAAACUUCAAAUGCCACGCUGAAGACGUUCCGAUGAAAUCGAAGAAAAAUAAUGUACAGUGUAUCAAAGGAAAAGUAUAGAAUUGUUUUUAAAGUAUGAUACAGUAAUUGUUAUAUGAUUCAUAAUUGUUUGAAUUGCUUCAUUUAUAUCAAGUUGCGAUAGUAUUAUCACUCAUCUAUUGUCAUUGAUAAAGAAAGUAGAUAUCGCUAGUCAUAGGCUUUCAAACCAGGUUAUAUUUAAUUAAUUGAACAUAUACCUAUUUAUAACCAGAAUGUACAUAUAUACAGUAAAAUAUGACAUAAUUAUGAUGGAUAAAGACGACAAUGACAUGUAAUAACUUAUAAUAUUAUGAAUGUAACUGUGAUCAUAGUGUAUAGGUAAGUUUAUUAAUGCAAAUGUGCGAUACCGUUGAAUUUUUAUUUUUAACGUUGUAACUUAUAUUUUAUUCGUAUCUAUUCCGUACUUCGCACGUUUAAUGAGUAUCUCAUUUAGUUUUACUUGAUGUGUAAAUUAUUGUAUCUGCGCGCUUGUGGUUCGCAAAAAUCACAUUUUUUUACUUGCUUCAUGUAUUCUUUAGUAUGCCGAAGCAUACAAUGUAAUCAAAUAAAAUCUGAAAUUGUAAUUGUA